UGCCUGGCGACGUCAUGACGUCGUGUGCGCGGCUCUCUGGAAGAUGGCGGCGGUGAGGAAGGUGUGGGGAGUAGUCGGAGUGACCGGACUGCUGUGGGGGCGGCGGUUCCCGAAAGGUUGGAACCGACGGUAUUUAAAUUUCAAACUGGAUGAGAAGACUGCCCACAGUUGCUUGGACCUGUUCAAAAAAGAAACAGGAGUCAUCUACCGCAUGAUAGGCAUUGACCCAACCAAAGUGCCAAGGAACCCUGAACGCUUCACAGACUGGGCUGUGGUCUUGGCUGAUACGCCUCUGUCAUCUGGGAGGCAUUACUGGGAGGUAACGGUGAAACUGUCACAAGAGUUCCGAAUCGGUGUGGCAGAGACCAACAUGUCUCGUGAAGAAUGUAUUGGUGCCAAUAACAGCUCCUGGGUCUAUGCUUACCUCCAAAAGAAGUGGUAUUCAAUGACCUCCAAUGAGAUGAUACCAGUCAACUUCUUUGGAAAGCCUGAUCGAGUUGGCUUUCUUCUGGACUGUGAAGCCAAGAAACUGAGUUUAAUAGAUAUUGAGAAAGCUGCUGUUGUUAACACAAUAAUGACAGAGUUCAGAGCACCACUUGUUCCAGCCUUUGCACUUUGGGAUGGAGAACUCUUAACACAUCCAGGCCUGGACAUACUACAAGGCAUCUGAAUCCUUCCCAUCUGCUGAUCAUGAUGCCUGAUAUCUGGCCUUCAUUUUGUUCCGUGUGCUUGUCAUUUUUAAAGAUAUGGUUGCUUUUGUAACCUAGCUCAAGUCAAAGCUGUAUAUGCAGGGUUUGAAGCAGUGUUAUCCUUUGACUUUAUAUAGUAUCUCAAAAGCUCAAGUGACUGUGCUCUGUCCAGCUUUGAGUAAUGUGUUUUACUGCCAAGGAUACUGAAAACAGCUUUUGUUUAAGAAGUGGAAGAAAACACUUGAGAAUUUGAUCCUUGUUAACAAUACAGAUGAAGGAAAAGGUAUUAGCUGGGCUUGGGACUCUUGGCUUUAGGUAAUUACAUAACCAAUUCUGGAAAUGCCAAACAUUAAUGAAACAAAACCUUGUUACUCUUCUUACUCGCUUUUUGUUGAGCCUCUCUAGGUCUGGAUUAAGAUGGGAGAUAGAUGGAAUGAGUGGUGCCUGGAGCUACAAUCAUGAAUAUUCUAGCUGUUGUACUGUGAUAUAAAAAUCUAUGCAACAUCAA